AUGCCGAAUCUCAAUGGAAGUCUCUGGAAGUAUCCUAGCAAUGUGGAGUCCCACCGGUACCUUUACCCCACAUUUUUGGCUGGUUCUUCUGUGCCGUCUCUUUCGACGUUGUCUACAUAUUCACUAUUGUCUGUUUAUCUCUCUUCUAUUUCUUCACCGUCCAUCUUCCCCCCUCCCUAUCCUUCAACUCAUUUUCCUUCGUUCUCUUUUAAGCCUUUACAUCUACUUGUACUUCCUCUUCUUUUUUUUUUUUUCGUCUCCUUCAUUUUGCCAUCGCCAAUCUUUUUCACGCAUCGAUGUGUUCUUAAGUCCCCUUUUCUUUCUUUUCUGAUAUUUUACCCUUUCAUUUUUCUUCGCAUCCUCGUCUUCCCCUACAGCGUUUUUCUCUCUCCCUUUUCUGUUGUCUUUGCUUCAUUCCCAUUCGACUUUGUUUCUUUUUUUUCUUCUAAUCCACAACACGUUCUUUCUUUCUUUCUUUCUUUCUUUCUUUCUUUCUUUCUUUCUUUUCUUCUACUAUUUUUACUUCCCUUCGGGUUACUUAUUAUUCAUCUUCCCUUUGUCAUUUUCUUCCUUUCAUUCUUUCUUCAACUCAUUAUUUUCCUUCUUCACUUUUUGUUUUCAUCUUUGAUCGCGUUUAGUCAUAAUCUUUUUUCUUUCUUUUUUCUUCAACUUUCUUCUUUACUUACAUCUUUUUUCCUUUUCUUCAACCUUCUAGCAUCAUAUUAUUUCUUUCUUGCUUUGUUUCCUUCUUUCUUUCUUUCUUUAACUUCAUCUCAUUCUUCUUCUUCUUCUUCUUCUUCUUCUUCUUGCUAUUACUUUUGUUUUUAUAUUCUUUCUUUCUUUCUUUCUUUCUUUCUUUCUUUCUUUCUUUCUUUAACUCUCAUGGCAUUCUUUUCUUUCUUUACUUUUAUUUUCUUUGUUUCAUCAUAUUAUUUCUUUCUUUCUUUUUCCUUCAGCUUCAACUUCUUCUUCUUCUUUUUCUUCUUCUUUUUCUUCUGUACUUCUUUUGUUUUCAUAUUCUUUCUUUCUUUCUUUGUUUCUUUCUUCUACGGUCAUAUUAUUGUUUGUCUUCUUUUUUCAUUUUCAUCUUUUUUGCUUCUUCUUUGCUCUCCAUUCGUCAAGUUUUCUUUCUUUCUUCAACUUAAUCACAUUCUUCUUUACUUUUGCUUUCGUUUUUUCUUUCUUUCUUUCUUUCUUUCUUUCUUUCUUCUUCUUCCAUCCUAUUCUUCUUCUUUUCUUUCACUGACCUUUCACUUUCUUAUCUUGUUUUUCUGCCUUUCUUCCGCCAUCUUUAUUCACUUUGUGAAGUGGCUCGGGAUGACGAGUGCCACCAUCUAUCUAUCUAUCUAUCUAUCUAUCUAUCUAUUGCCUCAAGCCGGGAUCGAAAACCUUACCCUAAGCCAUUGGCGGUCGGCAGGGAUGGAGUCUUUCAUUUUUUCCUUCUUUCAUUCUUUCCUUCUUUCAUUCUUUUAUUCAUUCAUUCAUUCUUUCUUUCUUUCUUUCUUUCUUUCUUCACCAUUGCUAUCUAUCUUUAAUUAUUAUUGCUUUUUUGUAUUUAUUGAGAAUCUUUCUUUACAUAUUUACUUACACUUUCUUCUUCAUUCAACAAAUUAUCUUUCUUUCUUUCUUUUUUCUUUCUUUCUUUCUUUCUUUCUUUUUUUCUUUCUUUCUUUCUCCAGUAAUACUUUCCUUUAUUUCAUUCAUCUUUUCUUUCUAAAUUUCUCCACAAUAUCUUUCUUCAAAUAUACUUGCAUUUUUGUAUUUGUCUGGAAUCCCUUUUCUUUCUUUCUUUUUCUUUCUUUCUUUCUUUCUUUCUUUCUUUCUUUCUUUCUUGCUUGCUUGCUUGCUUUCUUUCUUUUUUGCUUUCUCUCACCCAUUUAUCUUUUUCGGAAUGCAAUUUGUUUUACUUUAAAUUCUUUUCUUUGUUCCAAACGAUUUCCCUUCAUCUAUUUUGAAACAUUUUUCUCUUUGGCAUUUUAUUUUCCCGUUUUCCUUUCUUCAUUAUCCAAACUCGUAUUCCUUCUUUUCGGAAAACACCUUUACAUCUGA